CCAUAUUUUUUUUUUUACUCUGUAGCCAGGCCUGAGUAUUUUUAAGUUAUUAUUUGAAAGGCAACAAUAAGCACAAAAGCAUGAAAGCUUAAUAAACCCUCCCCUCACACUCCACUGCCCCAAGAAGUGUCAGCAAGAAUGUAAUUGAAAGUUAAGGGAAAGGAGGGGGGGGAGGAAGAUAAAAAAUACACGGGGAAAAAAGAAAUGGAUUUCCCAGGUGGAACUCCUGGCCUGGGGAUGCCUCCACAACUGCAUGCCUUUAAGAAUUAGCAUUGCUACAUAAACCAGUAUUACCCAGCCUUUUCUGCACUUGGCUCUGUUCAACGAGGGUUUGUAGUUUGCUGUGGUUUUUUUUUUUUUUUUUUUGGCAAAUGUUCAUAUGCUCACAACCUUAAGUAAACAUUAAAUCCAGUUAUGCAGUCCUGAUUGUGAACUCUUGUAUGCAGGAGCUCCGGGCACUGGGCAUGAAAACAACCUGAGUGACAUCCACAGCUUCAGUGCAGACCAGGCAACUCCUGACACAAGUCACUGUGCUUGGAAGAAAGUCACUCCUUCAUUUAGGAAGACUUCAGAUGCUGCAUACUUGAGUUUCUUUUAUUAUUUUUUUUUUUGCUAGCACAAUGAAGGAAAUGUCCUGCUUCUGCUUGACUUUUUCUUCCUUGUUGGAACAGAUGGUGAAGGCUUACAAAUACGUGACUGGUAUUUUUUCAGUGACUCAUAGCUCAGAGCCACAGGUUUCAGAGGGUGAUAAGAAGCUCACCAAGAUGGAUGUAAGUGUACUUGAGGAGCAGUAUGACCAUAUAAAACAGAAGCAAAAACUGCAACCACACAUUAUUGUAUAUAAAACAGGUGGACAUGAAUCUGUUCUGCCAGAAUCAAUUGUCAACCCUGUUCUAAUUAAUAAGAAAGUUAAAAGAUCAAAGUCAUGUAGAGGAGACGUCCCAGUCAGAAAAGUCGUGCUGGAGCCAAUCAACAGUGGCGACUCAGAAGACGACUUGCUAUGGCACAUCCACCUGGGAACUCACCGCCUGGGGCAGGCCCCUGGACAAGGAGAUUCCUGGGAUCCUUCCCAGUGCAACAGCACACCGUGGAGUUUUGACAACCACAGACUGAUUUCAAAGGGAAACGACACACUGCAGACCAAGGAACCAGCAGGAGCAGGUGAACUCUCUGAGCUCAGGCAGCUGGGAAGCUCGAGUGUGUUGAACAACCUCAGCAAAGAGAACGGCUGCAACAUUUCAAGCUCCUGCCAAAAGCCUCCUCUGAAAUCAGCCCCUGCAGCACUUUGGGCACAUCAGCAGAUUUCUGCUACAAAAUGCAUGCCAGCCUGCAACAAACUGAACUUUUACCCUUUCCCAAAUAGGAAAGGGCCCAGAAUUUCUGAAGCAGCAAGAAGGCUUGGGUUAUAUGUCUCACAAUGA